UUAGCGAUUGCAUUGAAUGGGACUCACUGGGGCUGUUGCUACUGCCGCCGCCGCCGCCGCUGACAUUACUCAGAUUGCAGCCACGUAAGUAAUACACAGGCAGUGGAAAAGAAAGAAGGAGAAAAGAAAAGAAUCAUGUCUUAUGUCGGCUGUUGCUGAAAGGGAUCGGCCCCGAUCUACCGGGCAUCCUUUUAUCUAGUGCAAAAAAAAAAUAAUUUGCAGAUUUUUUUUCUUUGUUUCUUUCCGGGACGUUUUGUUUUUGCAAAAACAAAAAUCCCCCCCCCAAAGAAAAACAAAACAAAAACAACGUUCUGCAUCCCAAGGUCGUCAUCUCAACAACUGUGCAGUUGCAAAGGCAUCUGGAGUUUAUCAGACUCGUCGCUGUUGCUUGGAAGCAUUAAGACUGUUCGGUGGGAACACGAUACGAUUGAUCUCUUUUGUCCUUGACUUUUUCUUUUAUUAUAUACGCACACUGAUAGGUGCUUGCCAAUAUUGGAAAGUACUCGCCAGCCAAAGACUUUAUUCUCUCUGUCUCUCUCUUUCAUGAGUGCGUACGUGCAAAAUAAAUCUCCUUGAAAGUUGCACUUGGACGUUGCAAAGCAGAUGACGAGAGGGUGAAUGCCGUACUCUUGUUUGAUGAUAGUUUGAGGCUAUUUUGUUUCAGCUGCAUAAGAGGGAGAAAGACGGCUACAGAGGGGAUCGGACGCCACCUAGAGUCGGAGGCUGAGGAGCUGAGUGGGUUCCCCUGUCGGUCGCCACCUGGUUGGCUUGUGUGUGUAAGCGCCUCGGCCACACUCACUCAUUCACUCGCUGGGGCGAAUACCCUUCCGUAACCACAGGAACAAAACGUUUUGUGAACUGGCACUCCACUUUCCACUUCGACAAAAAUCAGGGCUCUGAUUGCAUUGGGCUGUUCGCUCUCUAAAAGCUGCAUUUGUAUGACCUACCCGAACCAUCUAUGCAAAAGACAAAAGCUGUAGCAAUAAACACACAGUCUGCAUUAUUCUUACAAAUGGUGCUCGUUUUAAAAUAACGAACUCAUUUUGCCGCUACUGGAGGAACACACAAAAAAAAGAACAGCUGGACCUACAAGUCUAGACCAAAGUGCAAGAGACGCUUCUACAGUUUGUGGAUUUUUUUGUUCAAAUCCUUUCUAAACUACUGUCAACAAACGUGGACGCUUGUCAGUAAAAUCUUUUGUUUAAAGAGGACCACUAUUUACAGCCACAUGAACAUACAGAGAUCCAGUCCAAUCAGCAUUGUAAGGUAUGGUCGAUCGAGGCAUAAGAGUCAUCACGAAUAUGAAGAAUUAUCUUGUGUGAGGACUAGUGACUGCAGCCAAAGUUUCAGCCCGAACCUAGGCUCACCCAGCCCACCUGAAACCCCUAACUCUUCUCAUUGCAUUUCUCAAAUCGGACAGUAUCUGUUGUUGGAGCCUUUAGAGGGUGACCACGUUCUUGGGGCUGUGCAUUUGCAUAGCGGCGAGGAGCUUGUUUGUAAGGUAUUCGAUAUUAGCCGAUAUCAAGAAACAUUAGCACCUUAUUUUUAUCUGUCUGCGCACGAGAGCAUCAACCAGAUAACCGAAAUUUUGCUGGGAGAGCAACGAUCAUAUGUUUUCUUUGAAAAGAGUCAUGGGGAUAUGCAUUCAUUUGUUCGCACUUGCAAAAGGCUCAAGGAGGACGAGGCAGCCAGAUUGUUUUACCAGAUAACGUCUGCUGUAGCGCACUGCCAUGACAAUGGUGUGGUCCUGCGAGAUCUCAAACUAAGAAAAUUUGUAUUUAAAGACGAGGAACGGACCCAAGUGAAGUUGGAAAGUUUGGAAGAUGCAUAUAUCUUGAAUGGCGAAGUUGAUGCACUCUCUGACAAGCAUGGGUGUCCAGCUUAUGUGAGCCCUGAGAUCCUUAACACCAAUGGCAGCUACUCUGGUAAGGCAGCUGAUGUUUGGAGUCUUGGUGUAAUGCUGUACACGAUGCUGGUUGGACGGUAUCCCUUCCAUGAUGUAGAACCAAGCUCACUCUUCAGCAAGAUUCGGCGUGGCCAGUUUAACAUUCCAGAAACUCUUUCCCCACGGGCUAAAUGCCUUAUUCGUAGCAUUUUGCGUCGUGAGCCUUUGGAAAGGCUGACGUCCCGGGAAAUCUUGGACCAUCCCUGGUUUGCCUCUGAUUUUGCAGCUUCUAGUUCCGGAUAUGGUGCUAAUGAUAAAGAAGUAGCUGAUCAGUUGGUACCUGAUGUGAAUAUGGAUGUUGACUUGGACCCAUUUUUUAACUGAGUUUGCUCACAGUUUGGGUGUUGUCGAGAAGAUAUUAACAGCUGGUACCCACCACGUGGAGUCCUUCCAGAACUGAUAAAUGGUACCUCGAAUCGACCUAGCUUGGAAGCAAAAAUGGUGCAGAUGUACAGUGACUUAACGUGACUGAGAAGAGUGGGACGUUUAAGGGUUGACAUGUAGCACAACAAACUGGGUGGUUCUGCUGUCAAGUUAGAUUGAUUUGGGAGGAAAAGGCAGUGUAAAAUGUUGCAGCUUCUCAUCUCAUGGAGCCACGGAGAGGGCUGAAUACUGCACACAUAACCGUGCAGUUCAUCACUCAUUUUAUGAUGGUUACAAAUCACAAAUAGAAACUUAAUUAGCCUUGACACAAUGUAACACAUUGGCAUCGCACUGUUAAUUAUUUUCCUUCUCUCAUUAUUCAGGGAACGUACAAUCCUAUAAGAGUCUUCUAAAUUUGUUUCCGAUGUUUUAACAUUUUAUUCAAUGUGUUUCAUUAAAAAAAAAAUUAGGUGCGCACACACCGACAUAAAAUGCGGGUGCUAAAGGAAAUGCUUGUGUUUAUAUGUAGCUACUUUCAUUAUCUUGUGUAAUUUUUUUCCUACUGAAUAAACUAAAUAUUGUCAGAAGCAGAGCAUUUUAGUGCUCUGUUCCCUAAGAGGGAAUAACUCAUCUGUUGCGUGUACAGUACUUCAGUGCAGGUUGGCAGGAGCUAUUGAAAUGAAAUAUCACGUAAUUUCACUGGAAGGGAACCCCUUAUUGGCAAACAUUCAGGGUUUGAAAUAUAUCUACUGGAACCAUUGUACUAAUACAAAGAAAAUAUGUGUUGACCAAUAUUACCAUUAGUACAAUCUUUGCAGGUUUGGUAGUGCGUUUAUUUUGGACUUGAGUAUUCUACAACAGUGUUAAGAUAUAUUUUACAUUUUACCCCCUUUGUUUUUCCCUGCUCAUUGGUCCUGUCUCCAUUGCUGCUAGGUAACAACAGCCAUUGGUGCUGUAAAUGGUAUGGCAACUAAGUUUAAACUAUCAUUUCCCGGAUUUUUUUUUUACUUCGUCUUCUUGAAACCAAUUAAAUUAUUUCUUUUUUUUAAAAAAGUGUGUGCAUUCUUGCUGAAACGGUAACAACAACAUAUACUGUCAGUGAUAUAAAUAUGCAGUAACAGCUUCUUGUUUUUGAAAGAAAGACUUUGUGAAUACAUCUAGCUACUUUCAGCUCUGAUCUGUUGAGUUGGCGAACAAGUAAACUUUGCAAUAUUUGUGCGCUUGUAUAUUUAAUCAAACCAACACAGGACUUUUUACAUGUGUAAGACUUAAACAACAUACUUGCAUAAAUGGUAAGCACUCUUAAUUAAGUAAUAUUGCAAUAUAAAUGAGCUUUGAGCUAGCACACAACUGACCGACAAAAUGGUUAGUUCUGUUUUGAAGUUCUGUUUCAUGGCUUGGACUAGUCAGUCUGUUCCUGACAAUGCAGUUUUUUUAAAAUAAAAUAUACCUUUUGCAUUUAAAUUAACUGGCCUGAAAAUAACAGGAACAAGUGGCAAUUGUUCCUAUUUUUUUUCUUAGUACUUUCGAAAAUUGUGCUUCCACCAGGCACCUACCUAGUGUCUGAAAAGAUUUUUGGUGCCUGGACUGACCGACCAUGAAUAUCUGCCAUUGUUUUGAACCCACUUGUUUUGUAGGUUCCCUUUUAUAUUGACCUUGGUGUAGUUUAAUUGCAUGCAUAAAGCACUAGUUGUUCAUUUGCACAACUUCCUUUUGAAUUAGUUGUGAAGGCAUUAUGCAUCUAGAUUAAACUCGGUUUUCUGGUUCAGCAAAGUAAUUUGAAUAAUAGUUUAGUAAUUGUCUCAUGGUUUUAUUGCCCUUGAUUAAAUAAAGCAUAAAUGUGACUUUUUAAUGAAGAAUUCUAUUCAAUACAAGCACAUUUUAUGGAUUCUAUUUGUAAAAUGAUUGAGCACAGACAAAUCUGGGUACAGUGUGUAUCUCAAACCCUGAAUAAGUUAUAGCUUUUAAUUUUAACUUGUCAAAUUACUUUCUCUGCUUUCAAGUUGCUAUGUAUUAGAAAUUUCUUACCUUGCAUACCUUUUUUUUUCCUGUGUUGUCUCCAGUACUUUGAUUGUUUGAUUACUGCCUGUACCAGUUCUGUGAAAUGGUCAUGUUCUUGGGUAGGUAUAUGUGGACUCUGUAGUACGUAUCUUGUUAACUUGAAUUUGUGCUUUUAUAGUCUGUUGCAUGUACGUACAGCUACUUGACCUAUUUGGCUUAUGGAUGCUAUUGCCUGCGUUUCAGGAGAGCUUAUAUAUGCCAAUUCAGAACACAAAAAAGAGGAUGGUUAGUUAAAAGUUCUCAUGGGGUGGGUGGGGUGGGGAUGUGAGGAAAGCUGCAGCUGAUCUGCCAAGUUUUAAUUUAAAAUUUCUCAAAAAUCACGAAAAAAAAGGGAGUGAAUUUAUAUUCACUCUGUGGAUGGUGCUAUGUUGAGAAGGACUACUUGUCUUUUGUUUCAAUGUAAAGUGGAAGGGGAACAGAGGAGACUGCAUGGUGGGUUUUACUGCCUCUGGUGUUUGUAUUGUAUUUGGUUUGAUGUUUUGUCCUAAUCUUCUCCUUCAGUAAAUAAAUUGUGAAUUGCACAA